AGCUAGAAUGGAAUCAGAUUCAGAGAGCGGGGAUCUGUUAGCGAGAUAUGAGACCUUGAAAGGGGAGAGCACUAUGUUACAGGUGGAUAACAGUAUGUUAAAAAUGAAAGUCAAAGGUCUGGAAUGUCAAGUGGAACAACUUAAACGUGCUUCUGUUGAUAUUCAGGCCCAGGCGGAACAAGAAGAAGAGUUUAUCUCCAACACGCUGAUGAAGACCAUCUCCAAACUAAAGAAAGAUAAAGAACAGCUAGCUAAAGACUACGAGCAAGAGGAAGAGUGUCUUACUAACGACCUCUCUAGGAAACUCAUGCAGUUACGAAAAGAGAAACGUGAGCUUGAAGAGACAUUAGAAUCGGAGCAGUUGUCGCAAGUUCAACAUCUUCAGAGGAAAAUACUGAAACUGGAGAGUGAAGUUGUCAGAAAACAGGAAGCACUUCUCGAGCUAAGAAAGGAGAAGAUUGAUCUAGAGAACCAUCUGGAAGCUGAACAAGAACAGUUUGUAAAUAGACUCUGGAAGAGAAUGGAGCAGCUAGAAAACGAGAAGAGUGUGCUGAUAGCUAAGAUGGGUCAAGACAGCACGCCCCCAGCGUCACCCUGUCACUCCACCACGCUAAUGGAGGACAACUCCCUGCGAACAAACAACACCGACCUAGUGCUCCGCGUCAAGGAGCUACAAACAGAGGUGCAGCGACUUAACCGCCAGCUCCGGCUCAGCAACGGCGGCAGCGGCAGAGCUAGAGGAGGUACUGGUACAUUCCAGCAUUCUGGUGGCUACGACAGUGAAGCGAGCAACAUGAGCGCUGAGGAAUGCAGACUACGAGAGGAGAACCUCAAGUUAAACAGACAGCUGUACUGGGAACGUGAACAGAGACUGAAGCUCAGCAGAGCCCUUAGUGAGAGUAAUAGCAGUCUAGAAAUGGACGAGGAGAGGCACAUGAACGAACAACUCUCUCAGGGAAUCAACCCGCUGACUCUCUCUUCUCCCGGUAAUGCGUACUGUGUCCCCAUGGGGGCCCGCAGUCCCUCCCCCGCCCUUCGGCCUCAUCAUUUCUCAAGAGUGCGACACCUGUCGGAAGGGAGCAGAGAUUCAGCGGGAAACAGCAGGACUCGCACCAUGUCCCUGCAGAACAACAAUCCCGGAUGAGGUGACACCACGUGACUCAUCACGUGUCUUCAUCAGCGAGAUCUCUGACGUCAUCAGGGAUCUCCGACGUUACGGAGACGAUAUGGCGCUUGGUUCGGUUGUUAAGUUUAUUAUUAAAAAGUUGUACGUGUGUGAUGUUUGAGAUUUGAGGCAGUUAUCAUUACUCACGCUAUUAACGAGCUCAAUAAUUUAUUAUUAAAGAAAUAAAACUGUAGUAAGUAAAGCGGUUUCCUGUGAAAUAUUAGCUACCUUUCUGAACUUCUAAGUCCUUGUGUGUAUCUUUUAGUGUCAUGGUAAAUCAUGUUUAUUUUUACUCCUACUACUCAAGAGCUAUUAAGUAUUACUGUAGAAAAACGACUUUGUCAUAUGUUGUUCGAUCGUUAGAUUCUAUAGUACGUAUUUGAAAACUCAAUCGUCGUCGGCUAUCUCCAUUUUCAAAAGACUGUGGGAGCUCUCCUUACACUCACAAACCGAAAUCAAAACCGCUUUAAUUGCCUGAUAUUUGAACAAACUUGAAAGUGAAUAAGUUAUAUUUAUUUUUUGUGCAUGAUGCUCCUAUAUUUGUGAUAAAAGACUUUGCCCGGUGCAAACACGUGAUGUACAUUUUUAUUGAUGAAAAUGAUGUUAAAUUUGGAGGUUAUGGCUUUUCAAUUUUAGUGUCGGUGUUGAUGAUUUCAUUUUAUUAAAUAUGGGUUUUUAGGAUCAAUUAGUGUAAUAAUAGCAAUAAAGAAGAGAUAUAAUUAUAAUAUUACGGUUAUAUCUCUACUAUGGAGAUUAUUCACGGCAGUUAAUAGUACCAAAUUACGGACAAGGUAACCGCUUAAAAUUAUGUUGCAAGUACUGAAUGAAAAUGUGUCGAUCGAAUAUGUAAUUGAACAGUCGUUGUAUUUUCCAAUGUAAUUUGAAACAUUUUCAAAA